CAUUAGGAAAAUGAGUACACAUCAUGGUAGAAGAACGUCCCUGGUCAGGGCGAAGACGUCCAUAGGACUUAAAACUUCCCAUCAAGAAUGCAUGGAGAGUGUCUCCGAGUUGUUGGUAGCCCUGGAGAAGGAACGACAGAUGGAGCAGGUCAUGAUGAAGUCCGUGGAGCAGUGGACAGAGAUCGUGGACGAAAUAACCACCAGUAUGGACUCGGCCACGCCCAGCGAGACUGAGUGGAAAAACAGAUUCCAUUAUCAACGAUUAUUCAACGAGAUGCUCACUCAGGAAAUCGGUCACAUAAAAACUGAACUAUACAUGCUCGGGCAAGGUCGUACGGGUAUGACACUUCCGGUGACGGAACAUGCGCAGUCUAAGUCACCACGUUCCAAUCACCAUCGAGAAAGUCAGACCUACAUCAAAUGCCUACAGGAAAAGUUAAAGUCACUUGAAAGUUUAUACAACAUGUACGAACACCAGCGUGACGACGCAUCACGUGAUUAUCACCGCCUGAAGGAGGAAAUCAACAAGAUCGUCAAGGACGUCGCGUUCAAGCAGAGGACCAGGAUCACGAGUCAAGAAGAAUGGGAUAAGAAGGAAAUAGCUAGGCCAAAAAACGCGGGAAAAACAUUACCGCCACUGAAGGGUACACUUCGUAACAAAACAUCAUACCUAAAACUCCAUGAAGUCAAGUCAGGGACAAGUAAAAUCGCAGAUAAAGGAAAAUCUAGUCAUAUGUGGAAAGGAGCAGGAAAGCUGCCUCCGGUCAAUAACACCAGACGUAACAAAAAAGAUAAGAAUAUUUCUUCUGAUAAAUCCAAAAGACCACAAGGUGUUCAAGAGAAGUGGACAAAUGUCAGCAAAGCAGACGUUCUACCUCCCAUAGAUAAAGCCAAUUGCAACAGGGAAGUUAAUAAAUCUAAACUCAAAGGACACGGACAGAGAGAUAAAUCCUUACUUACAGAUCCUAAACUACCGUCUAUGAGAAUGAAGAGAAUUGCCAGUCUGAAAACAGACAGUGACGGCGUGACUUCAGCAGCUAUCAGGAAAGAGAGAGUUCGUGGUGGCGUCAGGGAAACAGACACAGGUACUCAUGAAGGCUAUGUAUGUCACGUGGAUGACCAGAGGGCUGGAUCUUCAUGUAAUGAAGACAUAACACAGGCGGGGAUAAUGACCGGAUACAAUACAAAGAAGUCGAUAGGGGAACGAUCGGAGAGAAACAGAGAGGGCUGUGUGGAAAACAAAUGCGGUACAUCUAUAGUAAAUAACGACGAUAAUAUGUGUAGUUUGGGCCGGAAGUCGCCAACGUCGACGACUGUCAAGUCACCUUUCAGAAAAUCCGAAAUAGAGGUUUUAAAUGGAGAAAACAUGUUAGUAUCUAACCAAUCUCUACAUCAGAAAGAAACAAGGUCUUUAUCAAAAGAGCACAACAACAUACCAACCAGAUGAUAACCAACAACACGAGUUACUACCUGUAGGCAAUAUUAGUCCAAAGCUUCCCAGAAAGAGAAUCAAAACGGCUUUGGUGCGAUCCAACAGUAAAGGUUGCAAUGAAGGUGAUGGUAAUAUGGAUGUGCCACCAUGUCGACUUGGGAUAACCCCGUCAGGUCACGAGAAUCAAAUAAGUGUGGUUUACAAAGAGUCAAAGUCUCCCUUAGAUAUUACCACUGAUGACAAAGUAUACAUGGCCGAGGACACUCCGGACACAGGGGCAGGGCGGUCCAAUGUAGAUGAAAUUAUGCUCAUGGCUGAGGACAAUUUAAAUACCAGGAAAGAACGAGAAAAUUCAGAACAGAAUCCAGAAAACGAUAACAGAAGUCCAAAGUCCAAAGGAAAGUCGGUCACCAUCAACGA